UUUUUCGCAUAUUAUCGUGUACAGUUACGCAAGAAGAAAAUAAAUUAAACAAAAUGGUGGAUAAAAUUGAAAUGAGUUUGGACGACAUUAUCAAAUCCAAUCGUGGACAAAAUAAAAAAGUUGGUGGAAAUCGUGGUGGCGUUGCAGCGGCAAAUAGACGCGGUGGCGGUGCAAAUCAAGGGGCACGUCGUGGUGCUGGACGUCGUGCACCAAUUUCUCCACGUAAACCUGGCGGCGGCGGUGCUGUUAUUAAAGGCCGUGGUGCUGGCGGAAUACAAAAAGCCAAAUUCUCAAGGGGCGAUGUAAACAGCGCUUGGAAACAUGACAUGUACGAUGGACCUAAACGUGGAAUUUUGAAAUCGUCCGACUCGGCAAAGCUGUUAGUAUCAAAUUUGGAUUAUGGCGUAUCGGAUUCGGAUAUCAAGGAGUUGUUCACCGAAUUUGGACCGCUGAAGAAGGCGGCUGUACAUUACGAUCGUUCGGGUAGAUCAUUGGGAACUGCUGAUGUUGUCUUUGAAAGGCGUUCCGAUGCAUUGAAGGCCAUCAAACAAUACAAUGGUGUACCGUUGGAUGGCAGACCAAUGAGUAUACAAUUUUUGACUGAUGCCUCAGCAGUUACUGCUGCAACCAGAGCACCUGUACGUAACAAUACCACCGGACCCAGUCCCAAUAGAAGAAGACAACCUGUUGCCGCUGGUGGUGGCGGUGCUCGUCGUGGUGGACCCGCAAAUCGUAAAGCCGGUGGUGGUGGCAAUACUCGGGCCGCCAACAAACCAACACCCACAGCUGAAGAGCUUGAUGCCGAAUUAGAUGCCUAUGUCAACGAUAUGAAAAUAUAAAUU